GGUAGCGGCAGGCCACGCCCCCCGCUCAGGCCUGUGUGUCUGGUGCUGCAGUCCGGGCUCAGGCAGAGACGCGGCCGCUGUGUGUGCGCAGGACGCGGGCAGAGACUGGGAGAGACAUGCCGGCCGCGGGACUCCUGCUACUGCCGCUGCUGCUGUGCCAGCUCUCCACGGGGCUCGGGGGCAAGGAGUGCGAGAAGCCGUGCGUCAACGGGGUCUGUGCCAGCGGCCAGUGUCUGUGUGACCCGGGCUGGACCGGAGAGCAGUGCCAGCACUGCGGGGGCCGCUUCCUGUUGACGGGAACGAGUGGAUUUGUGACAGACGGACCUGGGAAUUACAAGUAUAAAACAAAGUGCACCUGGCUGAUUGAAGGAGGAGCCAAUACUACGCUACGUCUCCGCUUCAACCACUUUGCCACAGAGUGCAGCUGGGAUCACCUCUACGUGUACGACGGAGACUCCAUCUACGCCCCGCUGGUCGCUGCUUUCAGCGGGCUGAUUGUCCCUGAGAGAGAGAGCAACGACACCGUGCCGGAAGUGGCCAUUACCUCCGGGUAUGCGCUGUUACAUUUCUUCAGUGAUGCGGCCUACAACCUGACCGGGUUUAACAUCAGCUACAGCAUAGACACGUGCCGCAAUAACUGCUCCGGACGGGGGAUCUGCGUAACGGAAAAUGGGCGCAGCUACUGCGAGUGCUCUGAACACUGGAAGGGAGAGUCAUGUGACAUCCCGUACUGCUUGGAGAACUGCGGGUAUCCUGAUCGUGGGGAAUGCAAUAUGAAUGGCACCAAGUUCUGCGUCUGCGGCGCAGGCUGGCAGGGUCCCGGUUGCUCAGUUCCAUUCCCCGCAAACGAGUCGUUUUGGACACGUGAUGAGUUCUCCGUACCCCAACUGGCCAGAGCUUCUCACAAAGCUGUUGUGCUGGAUGAUAUCAUGUGGAUCGUUGGUGGAUACAUGUUCAACCAUUCCGAUUACAAGAUGGUUAUGGCGUAUAACCUGGCCUCCCGUGAGUGGCUUCCGCUGGACAGCUCGGUGAACGCUGUGGAUGUACGAUAUGGACACUCCCUGGCGCUAUACAAGGAUGCAAUGUACAUGUACGGGGGAAAGUUGGAUGCCAGUGGGAACGUCACCAACCAGCUGUGGGUGUUCCACGUCCAGAAUACGUCGUGGGUUCAGAUCUUCCCAAAUAUCAUAGACCAGUACUCCGUGGUCGGGCAUUCUGCUCACAUCGUCACGCUGAACGACAGCAGUACGGUCAUGCUGGUGUUUUUCGGCCACUGUCCCUUCUACGGCUACAUCAGCACCGUUCAGCAGUAUAACUUAGACACCAACAACUGGGAAUUUGUUAAGACCCAGAAAGCCCUAGUCCAAGGAGGUUAUGGCCACAGCAGUGUGUACGAUGAAUAUACCAGGUCCAUCUAUAUCCACGGUGGCUACAAAGCCUUCACUGCCAACAAAUAUCGGCUCGCCGAUGACCUGUACAAGUACGAGGUGGACACACGCACGUGGCGCAUCAUGAAGGACAGCCGCUUCUUCCGCUACCUGCACUCCGCCGUCAUCAUCAGCGGCACCAUGCUGGUGUUUGGAGGAAACACCCACAACGACACGUCGAUGAGCCACGGGGCCAAGUGCUUCUCUAAAGACUUCAUGGCUUAUGACAUUGCCUGUGACAGUUGGAGUCUCCUGCCUUUUCCCACACUCUCCCAUGACGUCAAUCGUUUCGGCCACACCGCAGUCCUAAGAAACGGCACGAUGUUUGUGUUUGGAGGGUUCAACAGUCUCCUGCUCAGCGACAUCCUGAUGUACACCUCCAAGAUCUGCGAAUCUUUCCACACCGAGAGCUCCUGUCUGGGGGCCGGGCCUGGAAUACGAUGCAUCUGGGACAGCUCAACAAUUCAGUGCUUGUCGUGGGAACAGGCCACUCCGGAGGAGAGGAGAGACAGCGCGCUCUCCUGUCCCACCAUCCCGUAUUCCGACAGUGACAAUAAGUGUGACCAAUACACCGACUGCUUCAGCUGCACCGAGAACUCAAACGGCUGCCGGUGGUGCAGUGACCAGUGCAUAUCGCUGGGCACCAACUGCACGGGGAGCCAGGGAGCCAUCACCUUGUACGAGCAAUGUCCCAAGAGCAACUAUGGGUUUUACUGUAACAAGAAGACCAGUUGUAAGAGCUGCACCACGGACCAGAACUGCCAGUGGGAGCCUCGCAAUCAGGAGUGUAUUGGGCUGCCAGAUAACAUCUGUGGGGCAAAUUGGCAGCUAGUGGACAGUUCUUGUCUGAAAAUCGUUAACACAAAGGACAAUUAUGACAACUCCAAGUUGGCCUGUCGCAGUCAGAAUGCAGUGCUGGCCUCGCUCACCACCCAGAAGAAGGUGGACUUUGUGGUGAAGCAGCUGCAGACCAUGCAGCCAAAGACUGAGCUCACCCCCUGGGUCGGACUCCGGAAAAUCAAUGUUUCAUAUUGGUGCUGGGAAGACAUGUCACCCUUUACAAACACCACCCUGCAGUGGCAGCUUGGAGAGCCUAGUGGUGCUGGAUUCUGCGGGUACCUGGCUGAGCCGUCCACCGUGGGCCUAAAAGCUGCAACAUGCAUCCACCUGAUCAAUGGCAGUGUCUGUGAGAGGCCAGCCAAUCAAAGCGCAAAGCAGUGCCGCACCCCGUGCGCCUCUCGGUCGCAGUGCGCCGAGUGUACCAGUGCCAGCUCCGAGUGCAUGUGGUGCAGUAACAUGAGGCAGUGUGUGGACUCGAACGCUUACGUGGCCUCUUUUCCCUACGGACAGUGCAUGGAGUGGUACACGAUGAGCAACUGCCCACCUGAGAAUUGCUCCGGGUACCGGACAUGUGUGAAGUGCCUGGAGCAGCCUGGAUGUGGCUGGUGCACGGACCCCAGUAAUACAGGGAAGGGACAGUGCAUGGAGGCCUCGUUCCGAGGACCAGUCAAACUGCCCAGUGGAUCCGGACCUGCAAAGAACAGCUACUCAGAGCCGGUCCUGGACGAGAGCCUGUGCCCAGCGGGCAAUAAUUACACCUGGUCCUUUAUCAUGUGCCCAGCCUGCCAGUGUAACGGGCACAGCAAGUGUAUCAAUGAAAGUGUGUGUGAGAAGUGUGAGAACCUGACCACCGGCAAGAACUGCGACACCUGUAUCUCCGGCUUCUACGGCGACCCGACCAACGGGGGAUCGUGUCAGCCGUGCAAAUGUAACGGCCACGCGUCCGUGUGCAACACCAACAGCGGCAAGUGCUUUUGUACCACAAAGGGCAUCAAAGGAGAAGAGUGUCAGCUGUGUGAAGUGGAAAACCGGUACCAGGGAAACCCUCUGAAAGGCACAUGCUACUACUCGUUGCUGAUAGACUACCAGUUCACCUUCAGCCUGUCCCAGGAAGACGAUCGCUACUACACCGCUAUCAACUUUGUGGCCACUCCGGAGGAACAAAAUCGAGACCUGGACAUGUUCAUUAAUGCGUCAAAGAACUUCAACCUGAAUAUAACAUGGGCGACCAGCUUUGCAGCCGGCACGCAGGCGGGCGAGGAGGUCCCUAUUAUCUCCAGGACCAACAUCAAGGAGUUCAAGGACACGUUCUCCAAUGAGAAGUUUGAUUUCCACAACAACCCCAAUAUCACCUUCUUCGUGUACGUCAGUAACUUCACCUGGCCCAUAAAGAUACAGAUCGCCUUUUCUCAGCACAGCAACUUUAUGGACUUGGUGCAGUUCUUUGUCACAUUCUUCAGUUGUUUCCUCUCUCUGCUUCUCGUUGCUGCCGUCGUUUGGAAAAUUAAACAGAGCUGUUGGGCGUCAAGGAGAAGAGAGCAACUAAUCCGGGAGAUGCAGCAGAUGGCGAGCCGACCUUUUGCCUCUGUAAACGUGGCGUUGGAAACAGACGAGGAGCCGCCUGACCUAAUUGGUGGGAGUGUAAAGAGUGUUCCUAAGCCGAUCGCCUUGGAGCCGUGUUGCGGCAACAAAGCGGCGGUCCUGUCUAUAUUCGUACGGCUGCCACGUGGUGUAGGCGGCAUUCCUCCUCCGGGGCAAUCUGGACUAGCAGUGGCCAGCGCUUUGGUAGACAUAUCACAACAGAUGCCAUUAGCGUACAAAGAGAAGUCAGGAGCAGUCCGAAAUAGGAAACAGCAGCCGCCAGCACAGCCGGGGACCUGUAUUUGAUGUUGGGCUUGCGGACUCUAGGGAUUUGAAUAUUGCUAUGCUGGAGGGAUCUAUCCUAUGAUGGAAAGGCUCUGCAGGUUUACCAACCUCAUGCCGCAUCUGCAUGGUUUUGUUCACUUUACCGGAGGAUCCCUUUUACGGACAUUGCAUCAUUUUUUUAAUGUUUGUUUCAUUGUGUAAAUUUCUCGACAAGGACUGGAUGAUAAAUCUUAACUUAUUUUCUCUGCAAAGAAACUGUACACAUCCGCAACAACCCAUGCUCAGGUCUAGGGUCCGUCAUUUUUUCAGUUCCUCUGUUUGUGCACCAACCCGGGAGAAAUGAUGCAAGAUAUACUCCAUAAAAUGUUAUGAGCCCCAUCCUUAUUUAUGAAGAUCUUAUGUCGAGCCAUUGCGGACGCUGCUAACAGGAGGGACCUCGUUCAUCCGGCUGCAGUCAGCCUACGGGCUCCGACCUGAAGGAGAAUCGGCCUUGGCACCAGCAGAGCUUGAAGUGACUGUGUCACAGGCAUAGGGGAUUUUAUACUGGGGCACUGAAAAAUCGUGAUUCUAUUAGCGAGAUUGCUUUGAAUAAUUUAAAUACACAUUACUUACCCUAAUUGAAGGACCUUUCCAGGGUAAAGUUCUUAUUUGCUGGAUUUGAACGUAAUUUAUUGGGAAUAGUCAUCUGGCCUGUGAGCAGGAAAACUUGAUUACAUUAAUAUUUAACAUUGAGCUCCAGAGACCAACUUUCUUUUUGACGUGCACUUAAAAAGUGGAAACGUUAAACGCACAUGUUCUUCCUGCAGGUACAGCUUGGAGUAUCCCCUGUGUGCUUCAGCCACCAGACGAGCCCCCAAUUCAUGGCCAGGACUGACUUACAGUCUGUGUUAGAAGCAGUGCUAGUAUUCGUGGGGAACAUCUCAGUGUUACAGCAUCAUACUCAUUCCACAUGUACACAGCCUUCCAAUAAUGACUUGCUAUCAGAAGCAAUAGACCCAGAGGAAAUAAUAACUGUAUGUAAAUAAUAUAUAGAUAUAAAGGGUGGUUUAUGACAAGGUGCUAACUUAAGAUGACACUUUGUGGUCCCUUUUAAAUAAAUUUAUUUUUGUGCUCAUUAGACCAGCAAAUUGCACCUGGUCUGCUGGGGGGGCUGUAUUUUCUAAUUCGCCAUAGGCUGGAAAACGAAGCUUCUAAUAACAUGUCCGAAUCCUUUUAAAUUUCACCAAUGUAUUGCACGUAGUCAUUAAAAUGAAUUAUUUUGUA